AUGGCGGCCCUGAUCCCACAGUCUCCUCUCCAAUGGUGCCUCUUCGUCAUUGCACUCUCAUCCACAUACAUAGUUUCUUUCCUCUUCUACAAUCUUUUCCUUCAUCCCCUCCGUAGGUUUCCCGGCCCAAAAUUCUCUCGAGCCUCAGUGCUUCCCAAGCUCUACUUCUUGUCUCGCGGCAAAUUGAUUUACCACAUUGAGGAUCUCCACAAGCAUUAUGGCCCGGUAGUAAGAAUUGCUCCCAACGAGCUUUCUUUCACGGACCCUCAAGCAUGGGAAGAUAUCUUCAUUCGGCAGCCGCCCGGCAUUACCAAAACCAGCCACAGCCAUGCUUUGGCGCCAGACAUGGCCUUCUAUAAUCCUUUCGGGGAUCUCCCCCCGUCUGUGAUCAGUUCUGAUGAUGAGGCACAUCACCACCUUCGGAAGAAGCUGGUCCCUGGCUUUAGUGAUAGGGCGAUGAAGGAGCAAGAGCCGCUAAUUGGAAAUUAUGUCGAUCUUCUAAUACGGAGACUCCGAGAAAACAGCACCGAUGCCACGGGGAGACCCCAAAGUGUCAACAUGCGCGACUGGAUCGCCUACACCACCUUUGACAUCAUCGGCAACCUCACAUUUGGGGAAGAUUUUGGAUGCCUCGAAGGCAGUGGCUAUCAUCCAUGGAUUGCGCUUGUGCUGGGUAGCUUCAAAAGCCGCGUCAAGAUUCAGAUCUUCAAAGCCCUUGGGAUCCUGGCACCAGCUAGUUGGCUCAUGCGGAGCCUGGGAGUCGGAAUCAAAGCCCGCCGGAUGCAUUUUGAGCUAGUUCUAAGCAAAACGAAGAAGCGUAUCGCGAUGGGUACGGAUAGAACUGAUUUCAUGGAUACGUUGAUCAAAGACGGUAUGAGCAUAGAUGGGCUCAAGAGGAAUGCGACAUUGCUGGUCAAUGCUGGAAGCGAGACCACUGCGACGCUGCUCACGGGGGCUGUUUUUCUUCUCGUAACGCACGAAAAUGUGCUCAAGAAACUCGUUGCCGAAGUACGAGGUCGAUUCCAGAGGCAAGAGGACAUGACUCUCAGCAGCGUAGCCAGCCUGACUUACAUGCUCGCUGUCUUGGACGAGGCUCUGCGAGUCUACCCACCCGAUGCAGUCUCUUCGCCGCGCCUGGUUCCUGCCGGAGGCCAUGAGAUUGCCGGGUCGUUUGUGCCCGGGGGCACCCGUGUCGGGAUCUGGCAAUGGGCCAUGAAUCGUGACGAACGGCUCUUUCUCGAGCCAUCUCGCUUCGACCCUGACCGCUUCUACAACAAGGGAGACGAAAAGUCGAGAUACGCAGGCGAUCGGCUGGACGCGGUGAAUGCGUUUCUGCUCGGGCAAAGAAGCUGCAUCGGGAGGAACCUGGCUUAUGCUGAGAUGAGACUCAUACUCGCACGGUUAAUCUGGGAGUUUGAUAUGUCGAUUGAUCAGAGCAGCAAGAAUUGGAUCGAAAACCAAGAGAAUUUUGAGCUGUGGGUAAAACCAGACUUGAAUAUCCAUUUGAAGACGGUAGAUAGAGGACAGUAA